UUUCUUCGAGUGCUAAAGUUCGUGCGGUCUGUAAUGUCCAGCGAUUAGAGACUGAUCGGAAUUAAAUCAUUCACGCCACUAAAUCUGCUGGUCAGCUUACAGAUUUGUGUGCUGACUGGGGAUAUGCAAUGGCUUCAGCUCUUUUGUAUUAGGCACAAGGAUGAUGCCUGCUCAGCACUGCUUACAAUAUAGUUUACAAUCCCUCAACUUUCCAGAAGAGAACGACGAGACUAUGGAUAAAAUCAUUACUGAGGACGGCAUCUGUGACUCAGACUCCACCGAUUCCCAGCUCUUCCACGCUGACUGUUGCAUGUCUGAGAAUGAGUCAUUGAGAGCACAGGCUGACUUCACGGAUAUUUGCAGAAACAGAAAGACCAACUACAGAUCCACACAGUCCAGCUACAGACCUUACCAGCCCCCGCUAGGUCUACCCUCUGGCUACAGUCCCCAGACGCCCUUUCCCAGUCAGACGGAAGCAUGUCUGAGCACCCUAGAGCCACACAAUGGAGACCUGCUCCACUCGAGUUCACUGGGCAGAAGUUCAGUGGAAUACCCUAGUGGCAACCUUCCCUCUUGCUUGGUGUCUGGAAAUUACUGCAGUUAUCCUGGUGAUUCCAGCUACUCUUGCUCUCCAGACAGGCACAGUCUGGGAGAGGGGAGUCUAGAACAGCCACGUUCACUGCACUCUAUCCCAACUGCGUUCGCGCCUCACAGCUACUGCAUGCCCCCGCAACCCUGCGCGUCCCGUGGGCCGCCCUGCUGUAGUCAGCACACUGUGGAUGUGUAUCAAAUGGAUCAUGGCUGUCAUUACAGACCACAUUACCAGAUGCCCUGUUGGCCUUCACGCCUUGAAAACAGCAGACACUCAGCCUCAGAGUUCACUCACAGUGGCCACACCUCUCCUCACCCUCGAGCUAAACUAACUGCAAGCACAGCCCCUCUGUCCCUGGAGCAAAGGAAGGUGUUUGUUACUUAUGAAGCAGACAGUGAAAAACAUGUCAAAGAGAUCAUCAACUUUGUUGCCUUACUGAGACACAAUGGCUUCUACACUCACAUUGACAUGUUUGAACAACAGUUCAAGAGCAUAAGCAAGAUUGACUUCAUGGAAAGAUACAUCAGCGAAAAAGACUAUCUGAUCAUCAUAGUCAUUAGUCCAAAGUACCACGAGAUUGUGACCAAUGCCUCGUUUUACAUGGAAAACGAUGAAACACUCAACACUGUCUACAUACACAAGCAGUUACAAAACGAAUUCAUUCAGAAUGGGGCCAGGAAUUAUAGAUUCAUUCCCAUUUUGUUUCCUGGUGCCAAGAAGUGUCAUGUCCCUUCAUGGCUUCAAAGCACGCAAAUCUUCACCUGGCCCAGGGACCGAGAUGACAUUCUUCGUCGACUCAUGCGUGUUGAGAAAUACAACCCUCCACCCAUUGGAGAGCUGCCCACCAUUGUCUCCAUCCCCAUUUAGUUGAUUAGGUUUUCAAGACCCAUUAUAUGUCAGUUAUGAACAGGCCUGUGUGAUCCAUUUUAAGUUUAUUUGC